CGUGCACGGGACAGAGUUGGAGUGGCGUCUGUGCCUUGGGUGCGUCGCGACGUCGAAUAUAUGCUCUCGUCAGGACGCCCCCGCAUUUUCGUCGGAUACCGGCUGGCCGACAGGCACGAAAAAGGCUUGCCUCGCGGUGGCGUCGCGACGCUCGCCGAACUAGGCGGCCCCAAGCCCAAAGCGGACCGAGGAAAUCGCACGGUGAGGAGAGCCCUUGAAGAUCGACACGGUGGGACGUCUGGGCAAGGACGGUCGAGGACUACGAAUCGGGAAUGCAAAACUGGUCUGACAAUGAAACGACUAAACGCUCGGUUAUUAAUGCCGACAACGGGCAACCGAACGAGUUUCGAUGAAACGAUAAAAGCAAAGUCGUGGGACCUUGCGCCGAUCUCUCCGUCGCCUUCGAGCUUCGUCAAGCACGGUCGUGGUCGUUCCUUCAACCCGCCGUGUUUCGCAUACAUUUCAAAACGAUUAGCAGAAGAAAUCGCUACGUGAGAUAACCGAACAAGUCAUGGGAUUCUGGUUUCAUUCCAUAGUUUCAGCUGUCAUGAAAAAUAAGCCUGAACGCUUUACAGCAAAAGACGAUCGAACGAUUAGGCGAGUCUAGAAAAAAGCGAGACUCUCUAAGUCCACUUCAGAGGACUCGAAAUUUCCGAUUUCCUUCGACGAAAGAAUCUGUUCGCAACAC